ACGGUAGAGAGCAAACUAUCCCCCAACAUAUCCUCAACCAACACACAACCCGAAUAAUUCAACACUGAUUUGCUAGCGAAGGAGCGAGCGACAGAUGGGAUGCCAAAAACUGAGUCGAUUAUCGUCAUUGGGACUUGUGGAGGGGUUAAGAUCUGAAUAACGGCGAGAUAGCAGGAUCAGACCAGAGUGAGGAGAGCCGGCAUCGAACAGCCCGAAAAGCUGUGUGCUUUCUCUCCAUCAACUUCCCCAAGGGCUGCGCAUGCAGCCUGUGUGUGAGUUAGUGGCACUAGUAUUGUUCUGACUUCACUAGAUACAGUGCCCACUCCUAGAGAGAGAACGCACAACAAAAGACAAGAAAGGAAGGAAGCACGGAGUAACUAACGAAGACGGUUGUCGUUGAAAGUAAUGGUCCUGCGAUACCAAUCUUAGAUUCCAAGAUUUCUCUCUUUUUGUUAUUUUGCCUUGAGUCUUUGUAGCGGUGAGGGGACUCGCCGUGUGGUGUUGCGCCGAGCAGAAGCGGGGCUGUCCACAUGGUCCAGCCACUGGUGUGAAAGUUGACUUCUUCAGAAAACAAGAACAGGUGCCACGUGAUGAUGGUGGAAUCAGCCUCUGAGACCAUUCGAACUACGACCUCCAAUCAGAACGGAGUCAGCAACCUCAGCAGCCAAUUGGAUGGCGGGGGAGGGAGAGAAGGCGGGUCCAACGGAGACAACAAUGGGGAGAUCAGCCCAGUGGACCUACUGCACCUCCAGCAGCAACAGGCCCUCCAGGCAGCCAGACAGUUCCUCCUCCAACAGGCCUCUGGACUCAACUCCCCCAGCAGCAACGAGGUUAAACAGAGCCCUGUGCAGGUGCCAAUGUCCAUGGCUAUGUUGACCCCCCAGAUGAUCAGUCCUCAACAGAUGCAGCAGAUCCUGUCCCCUCCUCAGCUACAGGCCCUGCUGCAACAACAACAGGCCCUUAUGCUUCAGCAGCUACAGGAGUACUAUAAGAAGCAGCAGGAGCAGCUGCAUCUUCAGCUUCUGACUCAGCAGCAGCAGCAGGCUGGGAAGCAGGCAGCCAAAGAGCAGCAGAUAGGUAACAAGCAGUUGGCUUUCCAGCAGCAGCUCAUUCAGAUGCAGCAACUUCAACAGCAGCACAUGAUCAACCUGCAGAGACAAGGCCUGGUCUCCCUACAGCCCACUAACCCCAUGCAGAGCCUGCAGCAAGCCAUGUGUCCUGGGGACCUGCAGCAGCUGUGGAAGGAGGUGUCGGGGGUGCAGUCUGCAGAGGAGGCCCUGAAGCAGCAGCACACUGGAGAGGGUCUGGACCUCAGCACCAACUCUACCUCAACCUCUUUCCCCAAAGCAAACACACACAGCAGCCUGCACAGCCUGCACAAUGGACAGGACAACCACACCCCAAAGAGAGACAGGUACAGAGACAGAGCAAGACUCUUUGAAUGGAUCUCCUCCUUCAGCAAGGCAGACCUCGGAGAUGAACACCUCACGCCUUACUCCAAAGGUGGCCCGCUAUCCAGUAGCCACCACGAGGAGCAUGCAUGUUCCCAUCCUCUCUAUGGCCAUGGAGAGUGUAAAUGGCCUGGCUGUGAGGCUCUGUGUGAUGACAUGGGACAGUUCAUCAAGCAUCUGAACAAUGAACAUGCUCUGGAUGACCGCAGUACAGCCCAGUGCAGGGUACAGAUGCAGGUGGUCCAACAGCUGGAGAUACAGCUGGCCAAGGAGAGUGAGCGGCUGCAGGCCAUGAUGACCCACCUGCACAUGCGCCCAUCGGAGCCAAAGCCUUUCAACCAACCUCUGAACCUGGCGUCCAGUGGCUCCCUGCUGAAGAGGGAGAGCGAGGUGUACCCCGAGGGUCUACCUCACCCCCCCACCUCCGCCACCGCCCCCAUCACCCCGCUCCGCCAGGGCCCCUCUGUCAUCAGCUCCUCCAGCCUGCACUCACACUCACACCCGCACGGCGUGGGACCCAUACGCAGGCGCAUCGCAGACAAGUUCUGCACCCCCAUCGCCUCAGGUAUACGAGAGGAGCUGGCACAGAACUGUGAGUUCUAUAAGAACGCUGAUGUCAGACCUCCCUUCACCUACGCCUCUCUCAUACGCCACGCCAUUCUGGAGGCUCCAGACAGGCAGCUGACUCUUAAUGAGAUCUAUAACUGGUUUACACGAAUGUUUGCCUACUUCAGGAGAAACACAGCCACAUGGAAGAAUGCUGUGCGCCACAACCUGAGUCUGCAUAAGUGUUUUGUGAGGGUGGAGAACGUGAAGGGAGCCGUGUGGACGGUGGACGAAGUGGAAUACCAAAAGAGAAGACCACCAAAGAUGACCGGGAGUCCUACUCUGGUGAAGAAUAUGAUUUCAGGCCUGGGCUUCGGUUCCCUAAACGCCAGCUACCAGGCGGCCCUUGCAGAGAGCAGUUUAACUCUACUGAACAGCCAGGGCCUGGUUAACCCCUCAUCUGCCGCCAGCCUCAACAUGCUGCAUGGGAUGGGUCAUGAUGAUGUCAGCUCCACUGUGGAACAGGUCAACAGCAACGGCAGCUGCAGCCCUACACUCAGCCCACAGCAGUAUGGACACCAGGUCCAUGUGAAGGAGGAGCCCACUGAGAUCGAGGAGGACAGCCGCUCCAUGUCGCUCAUGGCAACUGUCACUCAGAACAUGGCAUUGCCUAGCGAUCGCGAUGACCGCGAUUUGGAUGAUGAGCUUCCCACCGAGGAGCUGGAGUAGGAUUGGAUGAGCUGAGCCAGUGGACGGGACUUUGAGGUUUAAUCCCGCCUGCUCCAUUGGAGUGAAGCGAAAUGAUGACCACAUAAAAAAACAAGAUAGAGAUAAAAAAAAAAAGAUAAAGAUCAUGAUUUUUAUAAAGCAAGAAACCAACAACAUUGACAAACAGGGUUAGACCUCCAUUACAUACCCACGCAAAAAUAACACUCUGGAGCAUUGCUUUAUACCCACACAUUUUCACCCACCUCACCCCCUCCUCCUCCUCACCCGAUGAGCAGCGUAUUGUCAGAGACACAGCUCUCAGUGGUGAUAUGGAGGGAGGGUCCCCUCUCCUCUCUCCUCUCCCUGUUGAUUCACACAGAUGGUCUGCCCGCCCUACAGUCCUUUAGUGCUGGUAGUUUGAUGUUCACACCACUACAAUAUACAUACAGGUGUGUGAGAGAGAGUGUGGAGAGACACACAUCAGAUCAUGUGUAUAUAUUGUUUGGAACAGUCACCAGGAGGUGUAUAACUCUCCUCCUCUUCUCCGGUCAUGUUAGUUUCUUUUUCUUUUCUUCCUUUGCCUGAAAGAACUGCUGGGCUUUGAGAUGGAAGGAAGAACAGUGGUUUUCUCAAGGAUUACUCCACCUGCUCACACAUCAGAAACCAAGCUUACAAACCAGUCAGUGAUCCAUAGGUGGGACUGAGACUGGAUUGCAGGAUUCUGCCCUAUUCCCACUCUCUAGCCAUUCUCUGCCCUAUGCCCACUCUCUAGCCAUUCUCUGCCCUAUGCCCACUCUCUAGCCAUUCUCUGCCCUAUGCCCACUCUCUAGCCAUUCUCUGCCCUAUUCCCACUCUCUAGCCAUUCUCUGCCCUAUGCCCACUCUCUAGCCAUUCUCUGCCCUAUUCCCACUCUCUAGCCAUUCUCUGCCCUAUUCCCACUCUCUAGCCGUUCUCUGCCCUAUUCCCACUCUCUAGCCAUUCUCUGCCCUAUGCCCACUCUCUAGCCAUUCUCUGCCCUAUGCCCACUCUCUAGCCAUUCUCUGCCCUAUGCCCACUCUCUAGCCAUUCUCUGCCCUAUUCCCACUCUCUAGCCAUUCUCUGCCCUAUGCCCACUCUCUAGCCAUUCUCUGCCCUAUGCCCACUCUCUAGCCAUUCUCUGCCCUAUGCCCACUCUCUAGCCAUUCUCUGCCCUAUGCCCACUCUCUAGCCAUUCUCUGCCCUAUUCCCACUCUCUAGCCAUUCUCUGCCCUAUGCCCACUCUCUAGCCAUUCUCUGCCCUAUGCCCACUCUCUAGCCAUUCUCUGCCCUAUUCCCACUCUCUAGCCAUUCUCUGCCCUAUGCCCACUCUCUAGCCAUUCUCUGCCCUAUGCCCACUCUCUAGCCAUUCUCUGCCCUAUGCCCACUCUCUAGCCAUUCUCUGCCCUAUUCCCACUCUCUAGCCAUUCUCUGCCCUAUGCCCACUCUCUAGCCAUUCUCUGCCCUAUGCCCACUCUCUAGCCAUUCUCUGCCCUAUGCCCACUCUCUAGCCAUUCUCUGCCCUAUGCCCACUCUCUAGCCAUUCUCUGCCCUAUGCCCACUCUCUAGCCAUUCUCUGCCCUAUUCCCACUCUCUAGCCAUUCUCUGCCCUAUUCCCACUCUCUAGCCAUUCUCUGCCCUAUGCCCACUCUCUAGCCAUUCUCUGCCCUAUUCCCACUCUCUAGCCAUUCUCUGCCCUAUGCCCACUCUCUAGCCAUUCUCUGCCCUAUGCCCACUCUCUAGCCAUUCUCUGCCCUAUUCCCACUCUCUAGCCAUUCUCUGCCCUAUGCCCACUCUCUAGCCAUUCUCUGCCCUAUGCCCACUCUCUAGCCAUUCUCUGCCCUAUGCCCACUCUCUAGCCAUUCUCUGCCCUAUGCCCACACUCUAGCCAUUCUCUGCCCUAUGCCCACUCUCUAGCCAUUCUCUGCCCUAUGCCCACUCUCUAGCCAUUCUCUGCCCUAUGCCCACACUCUAGCCAUUCUCUGCCCUAUGCCCACUCUCUAGCCAUUCUCUGCCCUAUGCCCACUCUCUAGCCAUUCUCUGCCCUAUGCCCACUCUCUAGCCAUUCUCUGCCCUAUGCCCACUCUCUAGCCAUUCUCUGCCCUAUGCCCACUCUCUAGCCAUUCUCUGCCCUAUGCCCACUCUCUAGCCAUUCUCUGCCCUAUUCCCACUCUCUAGCCAUUCUCUGCCCUAUGCCCACUCUCUAGCCAUUCUCUGCCCUAUGCCCACUCUCUAGCCAUUCUCUGCCCUAUUCCCACUCUCUAGCCAUUCUCUGCCCUAUGCCCACUCUCUAGCCAUUCUCUGCCCUAUGCCCACUCUCUAGCCAUUCUCUGCCC